AUGCUAGGCGAGGAGCAGCCGCUGCUGCGAGCCCGAGGCCCCAUGUCAGACGCCACCGCGCCUGAACAAGCGCAAAAGCUGUGGCAACAACAGCGGGAGCAGCGAAAGGAACGGGCGGCUCGGGAUCAGCGCGCCCGCCGAAAGCUGCUCUUUUCCGCUGUUCUCUGCUUUGCUUUCAUGGUUGCGGAGCUUCUUGGUGGCUACAUCACCGGUUCACUCGCGGUGAUGACGGACGCCAGCCACCUGUUAUCUGAUUUUGCAAGCUUUAUUAUCUCGCUCGUUGCGCUGCAGAAAAGUCAGCGAAGAGCGAAUCAGUUGCUGACCUAUGGCUAUGGGCGAGCGGAGGUACUCGGGGCAUUCACGAGCAUUCUGUUGAUCUGGACGCUCACAGCAGUGCUGGUGCUUGAAUCUAUCCGACGAAUCAUCACCCCAGAGCCCGUUAAAGGCCGCCUCAUGUUCAUCAUUGCGGUGAUGGGUAUCUGUAUCAAUUUAGUGAUGAUGACGGUUUUGGGACAUGGUCAUGGCCAUGGACACGCUCACGACCAUCAUCACGACCAUUUUGCCCAGGUCAACGCAGAAGCCGAGUCGUCGACCAGCGAGGAGCACCGCAGCCACGGUCGUCAUCGUCAUCGUCAGCGCAGUGGCAAUGUCGAAAGUAUCGAACCCGAUCAAGCAGGUCCAUCGGAGAGCGGCCUCAACCGCCCGCGUGAUCAGCAGCCGGGACAUGACGACAUGCGAGCAACGGCAACGGAUGACAUUGAAGCACCGCUCUCAGUGGCGGACAUGUCGCACCGGCAUCCGGUCUCGGAGAGUGUGAAUGUUCACGCGGCAUAUCUGCAUGUCCUGGGUGACCUUAUCCAGAGCAUAGGCGUCGCUAUUGCAGCGCUUGUGAUUUGGUGGCGCCCCAGCUGGUCUCUGGCCGAUCCGCUGUGCACGCUGCUGUUUAGCGUUAUCGUGCUCUAUACAACUCUCCGGAUGAUUGGUGACAUCGUGCAGGUUUUAAUGGAAGGGACCCCUGCCAAUAUCCGUGUGCGUGACGUGUACGAGGCGCUCAUCUCGAUCGAUGGCGUUUCAGAGGUCCAGGAUCUGCACAUCUGGAGCCUGUCCGUGGGCCGUACUGCGCUCAGUGCAAAGUUGCGGUGCGAUGCCAGUGUCAAAGACGCGCAUCAGAUUACCAUGGCAGCUGAACAGGUUUGUUUGAAGAAUUUUGGAAUCGAGCACGCUACCAUUCAAGUGAAUUGUGUGAAUCUGUCGUGUUGUCCGCCAGUCGAGCAUGUUGAGUGUGCUUCGCCCGGCAGAAUGUAA